GGUCCUGCCUAUUGAGAAAGCCAGACCACCCACAUGGAGAGGACGAUGGAGCUCUUAAUAGAAACAGGCACGCAAUUGUGCGCACUCCGCCGAACGCUUGCCAUGGAGGAGGAUUCGUGUUGAUGCGGAUGGUUAUUAUUAUUACUAUUAUUCUCGUUAUUUGGAAGCGGGGGAGCCUUCCAAAGCUUUGGGAAAGGGAGAAGCGGACGGGCAAGAGAGGAAAGAGGGAUUUUGCAUUUCGGAGCAGGGAAGUCUCCCAGGAAAGGCACUUGGAUGUCCUCCUCUCCUUCUCUUCCUCCAAGUUGGCUUCUGCCUCGGCGGCACCACGGCGGCGGGGAAUGAAGGCGACCAGCCGGACCCAGAGGCCACUCCACCCCUUCCAGGGGCUCCAAGGGGAGAGGGGAAAGGCGACAGGAAGAAAAGCCCCACUAUGGCUCCGAGCAAAGUUCCAGAGACUGUUGUUUAAACUGGGCUGUUACAUUCAGAAAAACUGCGGGAAAUUUUUGGUGGUGGGCCUCCUGAUCUUUGGGGCUUUUGCGGUGGGAUUAAGAGCAGCCAACCUCGAAACCAAUGUGGAGGAACUCUGGGUAGAAGUUGGUGGACGAGUGAGUCGGGAGUUAAGUUACACACGCCAGAAGAUUGGAGAAGAGGCCAUGUUUAAUCCCCAACUCAUGAUUCAGACGCCACAAGAAGACUUCGCCAAUGUACUAACAACAGAAGCACUGCGACAGCACCUUGAUUCUGCACUUCAGGCCAGCAGGGUACAUGUCUAUAUGUACAACAGACAAUGGAAAUUGGAACACCUAUGUCAUAAAUCAGGAGAACCGAUCACAGAAACAGGCUACAUGGACAAGAUUAUAGAACAUCUUUACCCUUGUUUAAUUAUUACACCUUUGGACUGCUUCUGGGAGGGUGCCAAGUUACAGUCAGGGACUGCAUAUCUACCAGGGAAACCCCAUUUGCAGUGGACCAACUUUGACCCUUUAGAGUUCUUAGAAGAGUUAAAGAAAAUAAACUCUCAAGUAGAUACCUGGGAGGAAAUGCUAAAUAAGGCAGAAGUUGGUCAUGGGUAUAUGGAUCGACCUUGCCUGAAUCCCGAUGAUCCUGACUGUCCUAUCACAGCCCCAAACAAAAAUUCAACCAAACCUCUUGAUGUGGCCCUUGUUUUAAGUGGUGGAUGCUAUGGGUUGUCAAAAAAAUACAUGCAUUGGCAAGAAGAACUAAUCAUUGGUGGCACGGUUAAAAAUGGUACUGGAAAACUUGUCAGUGCUCAAGCUCUGCAAACCAUGUUUCAGUUAAUGACUCCAAAGCAAAUGUAUGAACACUUCAAGGGCUAUGACUAUGUUUCACACAUCAACUGGAAUGAGGACAAAGCUGCUGCAAUUCUGGAAGCCUGGCAAAGGAUGUAUGUUCAGGUUGUACAUCAAAGUGUUGCACAAAACUCUACUCAGAAGGUGCUUUCCUUUACUACAACUACUCUUGAGGACAUCCUAAAAUCAUUUUCUGAUGUCAGCGUUAUCAGGGUCGCCAGUGGCUAUCUUCUCAUGCUUGCUUAUGCAUGUUUAACCAUGCUGCGAUGGGACUGUGCUAAGUCUCAGGGUGCCGUGGGUCUUGCCGGAGUCUUGUUGGUUGCACUGUCAGUAGCUGCAGGAUUGGGGCUGUGCUCAUUGAUUGGGAUUUCCUUUAAUGCUGCAACAACUCAGGUUUUACCCUUUCUUGCUCUAGGAGUUGGUGUGGAUGAUGUCUUUCUUUUGGCACAUGCAUUUAGUGAAACUGGUCAAAACAAGAGAAUUCCAUUUGAGGAUAGAACAGGGGAAUGUUUGAAACGCACUGGGGCAAGCGUGGCUCUUACAUCCAUCAGUAAUGUCACUGCAUUCUUCAUGGCUGCCUUGAUUCCUAUUCCUGCUCUACGGGCAUUUUCCCUCCAAGCUGCUGUGGUUGUGGUAUUCAACUUUGCCAUGGUUCUAUUAAUUUUUCCUGCAAUUUUGAGCAUGGAUUUGUAUCGCCGUGAAGAACGAAGAUUGGAUAUAUUCUGCUGUUUUACAAGCCCUUGUGUCAGCAGAGUAAUUCAGAUUGAACCGCAAGCCUAUGCAGAAGCUGGUGACAACACACGCUACAGCCCUCCACCUCCGUAUAGCAGCCACAGUUUUGCACAUGAAACUCAGAUCACAAUGCAGUCCACAGUCCAGUUGCGCACUGAAUAUGACCCUCACACCCAGGUGUAUUAUACCACAGCGGAACCUCGCUCAGAAAUUUCGGUGCAACCCAUCACUGUGACACAAGAUAACCUCAGCUGCCAAAGCACAAGUUCAACUCGGGAUCUCCUUUCACAGUUCUCAGAAUCUACACUACAUUGUCUUGAGCCACCUUGUACUAAAUGGACACUCUCCUCCUUUGCUGAAAAACAGUAUGCACCAUUCUUGUUGAAACCAAAAGCAAAGAUCGUGGUUAUUUUUCUCUUCCUAGCCUUAUUUGGCCUCAGCCUAUAUGGAACCACCCGUGUCAGAGAUGGACUGGAUCUUACGGACAUUGUGCCACGGGAAACACGGGAAUAUGAUUUCAUUGCAGCCCAAUUCAAGUAUUUUUCAUUCUACCACAUGUACAUCGUGACGCAAAAAGCAGAUUAUCCCAACAUUCAGCACUUACUUUAUGAACUUCACAAAAGUUUCAGCAGUGUUACAUACGUUUUGUUGGAGGAAAACAAGCAGCUUCCAAAAAUGUGGUUGCACUACUUUAGAGACUGGCUGCAAGGACUUCAGGAGGCUUUUGACAAUGACUGGAAAUCUGGGAAGAUAACACUCAACAGUUACAAAAAUGGAUCUGAGGAUGCUGUCCUGGCUUAUAAACUCCUGGUUCAAACCAUGUCAGGCAUCCGAGAGAAACCCAUUAAUAUUAGCCAGUUGGCUAAGCAGCGCCUGGUGGAUGCAAAUGGAAUCAUUAACCCAAAGGCUUUCUACAUCUACCUGACUGCCUGGGUUAGCAAUGACCCCGUGGCUUACGCUGCCUCUCAAGCCAAUAUCCGUCCCCACCGUCCAGAAUGGGUCCAUGACAAAGCCGACUAUAUGCCAGUUACCAUCCCAGAGGCAGAGCCUAUUGAAUAUGCUCAGUUUCCUUUCUACCUCAACGGACUGCGUGAUACUUCUGACUUCGUGGAAGCUAUUGAGAAAGUAAGAGCAAUAUGCAACAACUACACCAGCCUCGGAGUUCCCAGUUAUCCAAAUGGAUAUCCAUUCCUCUUUUGGGAACAAUACAUUGGCCUUCGUCAUUGGCUCCUCUUAUCCAUCAGCGUGGUACUGGCCUGCACGUUUCUGGUGUGUGCCCUCUUCCUUCUGAACCCCUGGACGGCUGGGAUCAUUGUUGUGGUGCUCGCUCUGAUGACAGUGGAACUAUUUGGCAUGAUGGGUCUUAUUGGAAUUAAACUGAGCGCUGUGCCUGUUGUCAUCUUGAUAGCUUCUGUUGGAAUUGGAGUGGAGUUUACGGUUCACAUUGCCUUGGCAUUUCUGACUGCAAUGGGAGACAAGAAUCACAGGGCUGUCCUUGCAUUAGAACACAUGUUUGCACCUGUGUUGGAUGGAGCUGUGUCUACACUGCUUGGCGUCUUAAUGCUUGCAGGAUCUGAGUUUGACUUUAUUGUCAGAUAUUUCUUUGCUGUUUUGGCAAUUUUAACCAUCUUGGGUGCUUUGAACGGACUGGUGCUACUUCCCAUUCUACUUUCCCUGUUUGGACCAUAUCCUGAGGUUUCUCCGGUCAAUGGAAGGAGUACAUUGCCAACUCCUACUUUUGAGCCACCUCCAAGCACUGUGAGGUUUGCCAUACCACCAACUCAUAUGCAAAAUGGGUCAGAUUCAUCUGAUUCUGAGUACAGUUCUCAGACCACAGUUUCAGGAAUCAGUGAAGAGCUUCAUCAGUAUGAGGCCACACAAAGAAUGGGUGCUCCAGUCCGUCAAGUAAUUGUUGAAGCAACUGAAAAUCCAGUAUUUGCCAGAUCCUCGGUGAUCCAACCAGAGAAGCGGUAUCAUCAGGCAAAUCCAGGAUUACAGAUCAGCCAGGAGCCUGGACCUCAACAAACGUGGCAUCAAAACAAGAAACCCAAAAGAGAACCAAGGGAAGGACUCCGGCCGCCCCCUUACCGGCCACGCAGGGAUGCUUUUGAAACUUCUACUGAAGGGCAUUCCUGCCCUAGUAAUGGGGACUGCUCUGGCCAGAGGACUCGUUCGCAGAAUAUCAGGAACCCAGCUUUUACUGCUGCGGGGGCUUCAGUGCCACCAUGCUGCCAGCCUAUCACUACUGUGACUGCCUCGGCUUCAGUUACUGUGGCUGUACAUCCUGCUGCGCACAGCCACAGUACGCGUGGAGGAGGUUUCCCAUCCUAUGAGGGAUACCAUGAAACUGACCACGGACAGUUUGAGGACCCUCAUGUGCCUUUUAAUGUCCGGUGUGAGAGGAGGAACUCUAAAGUAGAAGUAAUAGAACUGCAAGAUGUUGAAUGUGAAGAAAGGACUCGUGGCAACAACUCAGAUUAAGGGAAAUAACUGAAGCAAAGAAGAGGCCAAAGACGGGAAACCUCCUCUUUCCAGAACUGCUUGAAGAGAAACUGCUUGAAGUUAUGGAAAGGACAAUGCUGCAUCAGGACAACAGUUCCCCUAUUACUGUAACCUAUUGUAUUAUUUUGUGAGAUAAUUCUAUAAAUAUUUAAAAGAUGUACACAUGUGUAAUAUACCAGAGGAACCAUGUAAUGUAGUAUAAUCUGGAGUUGUGUAAACUCCUUUUUAACAGAGUGGGGACUAUUGUUUGUGCUCUGUACUUAUUGUACAUUCAUUUCUGUACCACAACUAAGCUUAAUCCUAGUCGUAAAUUUCAGCAUAUGUUGCGCUGCUUAAAUAUUGUAUAAUUUACAUGUAUAAUUCUAUGCAAAUAUUGCUAAUGUAUUAGGAUUUUGUUUGUAAAGGUGUGUGCGUGUGUGCGCGUGUGUGGUAUGUAUGUAAAGUAUUUUAAUUUUUUUUCAUAUCACAACCCUGUGGUAGUAUGAAAUGCUUCUUUUAAUUUUCAAACACGCUAUGCGUGAUAAUAUUUUUUUUCUCUUUCUGAUUUGUUUUUUAAUGAGCAUUCAUGAAGAGGAGUGUGCUAACCUUGGUGAAUGAAGCAGGUGUAGCUGUGUGGAUUUGGGAGAAAGGGUGUUGUGUGAGCUUGUUA